CUGCUCGCCUUGGAUCACGAUCAGUUGAAAACGGUCACUCGCUAUCAAGGCGUCCAGAUUUUUCCUAUGAUCAACAGGUAUAAAACUCGCGCACUCCAGAGUCGUUAUACCACUAUCAGCGGAGAGACCGCAAACGAUCAGUGAGAACUGCAGCGUCGAUCGUUCUUGUCGCGGGAAAGGAUCGUGACACUUGUUGCAUAGCGUGGUGAGUGCUGAGGCAGUUUGAAGACGCAGGAAGACGCCAGAAGAUGAUGUCACGUCCAGCAAGUAAACCUCGGCCUGUGAAACGAGCUCAUACAUUUGAAGGGAGUACGCUCUACCCUUCGCGGAAGUCCAGCCUGAUCGAAGAUGCUCGCAGAGACUCGGCCAGCUCUUCGGUGGACGUCUGGGGCCCGUUCGGCCUGCCCAGCCCUACGGAGAACGACGAUGUCUUCGCCGAGGAACAACCGAGUUUGUCGCCGCCGGUCGUCAACGGUGACCUGCCCAAGCAGAUGUGCGUCUCGUUCUCAUCACGUGAGGGAAUCGGCUUCGGCUCGCUAGCCCGGGCGGCUAAAGUGUUUGAGAUGGCGAAGGCAAAACUGCUGCAUGUUGAGUCGCGCACUUCGACCAUCAAAGAGGACGGACUUGAAUUUCUCGUGCAGUGUGACGUCAAAGGGGUCAACACCCGCAGUCUGGUAACCUCCCUCCAGAAGAUUGUCGACUCGGUGGUCAUACACAGGGACGACCUGCCACGGAGAGGGGUGUGGUUUCCACGUCACAUUUCGGAUCUGGAUAAAUGCACACAUCUCACUACGGAGUAUGAACCUGAUCUAGAUAACGAUCACCCGGGUUUUUCAGACAAAGUCUAUCGAAUGCGGAGAUCUGAAAUCACGCGGAUUGCCUUUCAGUAUAAAUAUGGGAAGAACAUAGAGGGAGUAGAAUACACCGAAGAGGAAACAAAAACAUGGGGCUACGUGUACCGCCAACUUCAGCAGCUGUUUACUACGCAUGCGUGCAAGGAGCACGUGGCAGCGUUCAGGGAAUUGGAAAGGGCGGGACUGUACAGUCCCGAUUUCAUACCCCAACUGGAGGAUGUUUCCAAGUUCCUUCAAGAGAAGUCCGGUUUCCAACUUCGUCCAGUUGCAGGUCUCCUAACCGCACGAGAUUUCCUGGCAAGUCUGGCGUUCCGCGUUUUCCAGACUACGCAGUAUAUACGCCAUGCCUCGUCACCAAUGCAUACGCCAGAACCGGAUUGUUGUCACGAGUUGCUUGGACACAUACCAAUUCUUGCGGAUCCAGGGUUUGCCCAGUUCUCACAGGAGAUAGGAUUAGCGUCUUUGGGCGUGUCUGAUGACGACAUUACCAAAUUGGCAACGCUGUACUGGUUCACCGUCGAGUUCGGUUUAUGCAAAGAGGGCGACCAAGUCCGUGCCUACGGCGCCGGUCUGCUCUCCGCUCCCGGGGAACUCAUGUACGCCCUCUCGGACCAGCCGGAGCACAGGUCCUUCCAAGCCUCCAAGGUGGCUGUGCAGGAGUAUCAAGACAAGAACUACCAACCACUUUACUUCGUCUCAGAGAGCUUCGAGGACACCAAACAAAAACUUAGGGCCUUUGCAAGUUCCAUGAAGAAGCCAUUCGACGUCCGCUACGAUCCCUUUACGAGGAGAAUUGUAACUCUCGACACUGUGGAGAACGUACGAGAUACCGCGAGAUAUCUGAAGGGUCACUUUAGUGCAGUGACCUCUGCCUUAGAGCGAAUUACCGUUCGUUAGAAUGCAAUCAUUAUUUUGUGUCCAAGUGAAAUGGACGUCCAACCUGAAUAAAAAACGAGCCAAUUUUAAGUCAGAUUGUGAUUUCUGUUAUCUUUUUAAGUUAUGAAUUAGAUUUUUAUAAUAAGUGAACUUCGAUUCAAGGUAUCUAAAUGUUAAGCUAGAUCGCCCAGAACCAAAUGAACAGGCGCUCUAGCAUACAGUGUAGUUCAAUGAUACAUAUUGGUCAACUUUAGUAAAGUCUAAAACAUGCUUCUCUAAAAACUGUAUCCUUUUAGUAAACUCGUUCAGUUUUGGCUGCUGAAAUAAGUUUUGAAACCCAAAGAUUAUCAGCAUAAUGAAAACAAAAAUUAAAGGUUUUGAAAGGAUUAUUUUCCAACACAUUUCAUGUAAUUUAAAUCAUUAAAUGCGCUUUUCAACGACGUACACAAUUAGUUCUGCAUAUUUAGAUAAUAUAAAACGUUCGUAUGUUAUCCUCAAACCAAACAAAUAAUGCAAGUUGAUUUAUAUUCCUUUAUUUCUUCUGAAGACAAUUUUGUUUUUACUUCAUAAAACUUGUACAUUAGGCGAAGGAAUUCCUGGCUUGAGAUAUGCCUAUGUUACGAUGCAUGCAAGCCAUAUACGCGCCACUUUCUAGUAUAGGUUUUCCCGGCUAUUUUAAAACAUUUAUCAUUCGAAUUCAUCGAAUUCAAAUUCGUCC